UAACGAAGAAAUGCGGUUCUUCUCGAACUUUCCUGAGGUUGAGGUUCGGGUCUUACAUGACACGUGAAAAGUUUACAUUGCGGUAUUUAAUACUGGCACGAAUCUUUGCUGGACGUGUCAGGAAUGCGGCUGAGUCCGUUCACUAAGGCCGAGGCGUAUUCGUGUGAAGCCGGAGUUCAGUCGUGCCGGACUCGGGCUGCGGUCGGUGACAUUACUGAGACAGGACUGUCUGUCAGAGCUGAGGUCUCUGGACCCGAAGCUGCUGCUUCUCUCCUAUAAAGCGCUCUCUGAGUGGAUGUGUUGAACAUGAUCUCGGCAGCUUAACGCUCUGCGGUUUCUGCGACAGCGGUGUGUUUUGUAGGGGUUUGUGAUGGGUAAAGAUUACUACAAGGUCCUGGGCAUCCAGAAAGGCGCUUCUGAUGAUGAGAUUAAGAAGGCGUACAGAAAGCAGGCUCUCCGCUUCCACCCGGACAAAAACAAAGCUCCCGGAGCCGAGGAUAAAUUUAAGGAGAUCGCCGAGGCCUACGACGUGCUGAGCGACUCCAAGAAGAAGGAGAUAUAUGACCGAUACGGAGAAGAGGGACUUAAAGGCCACUCUGGCGGUGGAGGUGGCAAUGGCCCCAGCUACACGUUCCAUGGAGAUCCACACGCCAUGUUUGCGGAGUUUUUCGGUGGCCGCAGUCCAUUUGACCAGUUCUUCGCUCACGGUGACGAUGAUGACAUGGACAUUGAUGACCCUUUUGCUGCUUUUGGCAUGGGGGGCAUGGGGGGCAUGGGCGGUAUGGGCGGCUUCCCCAGGUCCUUCAAGUCUCGCGUGGGAGGUGCUCAUGGAAGCCGAGAAAAGAAGAAAGACCCUCCGGUCAUCCACGAGCUGAAGGUGAGCCUGGAGGAAGUGUUCUCAGGCUGCACCAAAAAGAUGAAGAUUUCCCGCAAGCGGCUGAACCCUGACGGCUGCUCGGUGCGCACCGAAGAUAAGAUCCUGACGGUGGACAUCAAGCGCGGCUGGAAGGAGGGAACCAAGAUCACUUUCCCCAGAGAAGGUGACGAGACGCCCACCAACAUCCCUGCUGACAUUGUAUUCGUGGUCAAAGACAAGACACACCCAGUCUUCCGCAGAGACGGCUCCGAUGUCAUCUACCCUGCAAGGAUAUCCCUCAGAGACGCCCUGUGUGGCUGCACGAUCAACGCCCCCACACUGGAUGGCAGGACUGUCACAGUGACGUCCCGUGACGUCAUAAAGCCAGGCAUGAAGAAGAGGAUAGUGGGUGAAGGGCUGCCUCUGUCCAAGUGUCCAGAGAAGAGAGGGGACAUGGUGCUGGAGUUUGUGGUGAAGUUUCCUGAAAAGUUGAACCCAAACACUCGUGAUGCUCUGCUGCAAAUCCUCCCGCCAUGAUUGGAGUGGACUGGUCAGGAGAAACUCUUUAAGCCUGCUUCAGCACACUAAUGUUUAGUACAGCUGAAACGUAUCUUUGUUUUUUUUUCCAUCACUUCCAGAGUAUUAAGUUAUAAACCCAACACCCAUAUUCAGUGCUCUUUUCACAUCACUGUGAAACCCUUUCAUAUGUACAGUAAUGGUGGACUUACGCAGAGAAAUGUGCAGGGUAUGCAGUACCUCAGAGGUUAUGCAGCUACCUUCUUUUCAUUGCUCAAGUCCUGCAACAUUAUGAACAGUACACUCUUACAAAUACCGGUGCAAAGUGGGUUCUUUGUGGAGAUUUCAUGAAUAAUUAUUUGAGGGUGCACAAUUGGAAAUUGGGCAGUUUAUUAUUUUUAAUUUGGAUGAUUGGUGUUGUAAUUUUAUGAGGUAAAAAAUGUGAGGCAGGUAAAAGCUGUCAUGCUGUAUUUCAAUGCUCCUGUUACACCUGUACUAAAAGGCACACUUGUGUUUGCCAGCAAUUUUUUUGUGAGUGAAAUUCUUUUCAGUGGAAAUUGUUGUGAUGAGCAAAUUCACUUAAGAUAAGAUAAUCCUUUACUAGUCCCACAAAUGGGGAAAUUCACUUCGCAGACCUCUGGGGUGAGUUAAUUUUGGGUGCAAAAACUUAAAUUUGCAUUUUCUACAAACAGCGCUACUAGAGCCAGUUUAAGGUGAGCCUGGCUACUUCCUAUUUACCCGUUAUUUCAAAAACAUGACUGCAAAAUGCUUAAGGGGACCCAUGAGCUAGUCUUCAGUGAAUGGGGCUGAAUGGAGCUAAACAUAAAUUUAACUAAUUCUAACCAGCUGUGUUGGAGCUUCCAAAAAAUCUAUAGUAUCUUUACCAUCUUAAUCAUAUCAUUCCGUUUUUCUACAUCAAACAGGUUUAGGGCAGUGGGACACUAGUGUUACUGCUACUGGGUGCUGAUUGGUUGGCAUUACUGCUACUGAGCACUGAUUGGUUUGUGGGCUGAUCGGCUUAUUGGCGAAGUAAAGCGGUUCAUGCUCACUGAUGUCAUGAACGUACAUGAGGCGCUGUUCCGAGUAUAACCAGUUCAAAAGCACUUAAAACGUAACAGCAAUGGUGAAAUAUUUUAUGCUGUUCUGUGUUCAGAAAAUUAGCUCAUUUUUCUAUACCAGAAAUAUUCUUUAUCUUCUAGAUCAUGUGUCAGGCUCCAGUCCUUGCGGGCCUAAACAUUGCAGACUUCGGCACACUGUCCCAUUAAACACACCUGAUUCAGCCCAUCAGCUAAUUAGCAGGUCCGUCAUGAACUGGAUUCAUAGUGUUAGAUGAAGGUAAAUGCUGAUCUCUGCAGCACUUUGGCCAGGAACGUCACCAGUUUGAUAUCCUGUUCUAGAUGAUGUGUGUUCAUAUUUUCAGGUAAAGUAGUGUGAUGUUUAAAAACAAACACAUCCACAGCAUUAAGUUUGGGUUUUACGUUUAUGUUGCGUCUUCUUGUGUGGGUUUAUUGGCUGGUUGCAAAGCAGAAAUCAGAUUACUGCCUGACUCAUGUAGACCUGGAGUUUACCCAUGAUUUAAUUACCCAAGUGCAUGUAAAUUGAUCGAAUUUUCUGCAGUUAUCGAAUUAUUAAGUGCAUUAAACACACUCACUAAUUAAGCAUUUACAAACUGAUUUUUGCACAAAAUCUCCAUAUUAAUCCAUUCAUUGUGGAAUUGCUCAGCAGCACCCCCUAGUGUUUGACAAACCCAGAAAACGUUAUUGAGUGGCUGCACUCAUCAACGUAUAAUUAUCUGAUUUGAUCACGUUUGUGUCAUUACUGUAUGUGGUUAGUGAGUGAGCUAAUUUGCUAAAUGCACUGAUGUGGAGGGUUUUUCCACCGGUUUUCCGCACCAACCUCGUUAACGGCCAUUUUUUAAGUAAAUGCAAAUGUCUAGUUUUACUGCAGUUUCACUGUGCUGAACAGUCAUUUGCCUCUUACUUUUGACGUAGCUUUUUAUUUGAUUUGUCUAGCACAGCCGUUGUGAACCGAAAUGUUUAUUAAAUCGCAUCUGUUCCAUCUCACCGACUGCUAUAAAUGCUUCAAUUAUAUUGUUUUAAAUGGCCCGUAUCAUGGAAAACUUUCCCUCACAUUUUUUAAUAAAUGAGUUUGAUGUACUUUGCAAACAUUAAAAUCUAAAACAUACCAAUUACUCCCCAGUUCAAAGAUUGAAACUACAUUAUAAACACAGUCUCUUUUAAA